AUGAAUCCAUCAGCAUGUACCAAUCUGGGAUUGAGGCACAAAGCAAUGGUAGAAAUUCGACGACUCCGCGUGCAAUUAACUAAUAUUGUGAAUACAUCGUUCAAAUCGAGUGCGGAUAUCGUGAUGGAUCCGCACCUUCCUCCACCAUCUGAUGCCUCAAGCGCAAAUGUUGAGCGAUUCAGGCAAAUGAUGGUGGCUGGCCUAGCGGAUCGCAUCGCUCGACGAGUGGAUCGGUCAGCCGACAACGAAGAAGUACCAAAGGGUGCAUAUCAAACGAUGAAACUUCAGGAGUUCGUUUUCAUCGAUCCAUGCAGCGUCAUGUAUACUGACGAACCAGAUUAUGUCAUUUACCAGGAAAUAGUGCAGUUAGGAGACAGAAAGUGUAUGCAGGGCAUUAUGAUGGUCGACCAUGAGUGGCUACCGAGGCUUGCUGAGUCGUAUUGCAAUUUUGCUCCGAUGGAUAAGGAUACGGAGCCACGAUAUGAAGCAGAUAGAGACGAAAUUGUGAAGAGUGUAGGAGUGACAUUUGGUCCACUGGAGUGGCGCCUUGAUCCUAUUGAGCGACCCAUACCUAAUGACAUUAUGCUGUAUAGGUAUUUCGCUCAGUUCCUCCUAGCAGGACAGGUAAUGCCAUUGCUAGCCCAGUUCGUUACAAAAAUGUUAGCGCCACCCACAACAAUGGUCCGAUCGUGGGCGAAACUGCAAAAGCGUACAGAGGGUCUGCUUAAUGCUUUGGUACUGAAAGAGGUUCACUCCAAGGCUGCACUUGUUGAAGAGUUCAAGAAAAACGAGAACUACCUGCUUGAAGAGUAUUUAGACUGGUUACCGGAAUCAUUACACGGUACAGUAACGGUGAUGUGGCCACCACUAGAGGAGAAAUCUUCUAAGAUGGGUAGAAAUAAAAUUUACUGUAACCAAGUAAAGGGGCCUUAA